CAGUGAGCUGUAGUGAUACUCCUGGCACACUUACUCCUUUGUAUGGAUAAGGGAGUAUUUGCAUACUUUAACAAGCAGAUGUAGGCUACUAACUGAAAGGUACAAUUGCAUACCUCAGGCUGGCUGAAGUACAAUACUUAAUGCUGCUGUGUAAACAAAACAAGAUCUUGGUGUCAAGAUGGCUGACCUGGAAGUCUACUUGUAGCUCAUGAUCCUUAUGCAAAUAAGUUGCAUGUCAGUGGCUUACUUGGAAGAGGAAGUUCAUUUUGCAUGUGUCAAGUUCUCAGCAGGGUCAAGAUGGAUAGCACAGAUGAACCUCAAAAAAAAGUCUUCAAAGCACGAAAAACAAUGAGAGUAAGUGAUCGACAACAACUUGAGGCUGUCUAUAAGGUUAAAGAGGAGCUUUUGAAGACAACUGAAGUUAAACUGUUAAAUGGAAAGCAUGAGAAUGGAGAUUCUGAUUUAAAUUCUCCUUUAAGCAAUACAGACUGUGUGGAGGACAAAAGGGAAGUUAAUGGACUAGUGGAUUUGUGUCUUAACUCUGAAGAAGGAAGAACAGAUUCUGAGGAAAUUACUGAUGUUAAAAGCCCUGAAAGCAGGGCAGAGAGUGUAGUCAAUGAUCUAGCAUCUAAACCUCAAACGUUAUCUCCAGAGAACAUUAUUUCUGAGCAAGAUCAAGAUACGGAUGAUACAGUUUUAGCCUGUGAGACUGAAAAUGGAGUGCAUGGUAGCAAUAAAAACAACUUCCAUGAAGAAAAUAAUACAAAAGAUCAUUUGGACCAAAGAAGGAGUGACAUCCCAUCAGAAGGUGAAAGUAAAUUAAGCUGUGAUAUCAGUGACUCUUCUGAAGAAAAAAUCAAAAUAAAUGACUUAACUAUUAGUUCUGAUUUACCUGUUGAAGAAAAGAAGACUGAAGAAGUGACUACUGAAGAUGCUGUUGGAGAAGAAGCAAUCUCUAGCAGUAUGGAAGCUGAUCAGGAACUAAAGGAUGAAGGGGAUGACAUUGCAGAUCUUUCAGAAACCACCGUUGAGAAGACAGUAGAUGAGCCAAGUGAGAGUAUCUUGGAGAAUACAGACUCUAUGGAAACAGAUGAAAUUAUUCCAAUUUUGGAAAAACUUGCCCCUGCUGAAGAUGAGCUGAGCUGUUUUUCUAAAAAUUCCCUGCUUCCAGUGGAUGAUACAUCCCCAGAUUUAGAAGAGAAAAUGGACAACUCUUUGGGUUCACCAUCCAAGCAAGAAAGUAAUGAAAAUCUGCCUAAAGAGGCAUUCUUAGUACUGUCUGAUGAAGAGGAUCCUUGUGAUGAGAAGGAAGAAGGUGCUGAAGUUAUACUAACAAACAAGCCAAGUCUUCCAGAAGAAGUGGAGGAAGAGAGAAAGGAAAAUGACAAGGAGGAGAAAGAAAGAGAAGAGACUCAAAAAGAAGAGGAGAAACACACAGAGAGAAGUGAAGUGUCAAGGAGAAAGCGUUCUAAAUCUGAAGAUAUGGACAGCGUACAUUCUAAACGCCGUCGGUACGUGGGAGAAGACUAUGAAGCAGAACUCCAAGUAAAAAUUACAGCCAGAAGAGAUGUUGACCAAAAAUUACAAAAGGUUAUCCAGAGACUGUUGGAAGAAAAACUUGCUGCUUUGCAGUGUGCCGUAUUUGACAAGACUCUGGCAGACUUGAAAACACGAAUAGAGAAAGUAGAAUGUAACAAGAGGCAUAAAACUGUGCUUACUGAACUACAGGCUAAAAUCGCUAGAUUGACAAAGCGGUUUGGAGCAGCCAGGGAGGACUUGAAGAAAAGACAGGAAAAUUCAUCAAACCCACCUUUGUCUCCAGGGAAAGCAGGGAGUGACACUGCAAACACAAAUAAUCUGACGUACCGAAAUGCAGGCACAGUGAGACAGAUGCUGGAGUCCAAGAGGAGUGUAAGCGAGAGCACACCAGCAACUUUUCAAGCCCCUGUGAAUGCAGUGCCAACUUCCAGUCUUGCUGCUCCUCAGACAGUUGUCAGUGGACAUCCUAAGCCUCAGACACCGGUGACCUCCAGCUCUUUGACAACAACAGUUCUUCCUACAGCUAACACAGCUACCGUUGUUGGCACUAGCCAGGUGCCCAGUGGCAGCACUCAGCCAAUGUCCGUCUCACUGCAGUCUUUACCAGUAAUUUUGCAUGUACCUGUUGCAGUGUCAUCCCAGCCUCAGCUCCUGCAAGGCCACGCAGGGACUUUGGUCACGAACCAGCAGUCAGGCAACGUUGAAUUUAUAUCUGUACAGAGCCCAUCCACUGUUGGUAGCCUUACCAAAACUCCUGUGUCUUUGGCAUCAAAUAACCCAACUAAACCAAAUAACAGCCCGUCUGUGCCCAGUCCUGGUAUUCAGAGGAACUCUCCAGCCAGUGCUGGGACAAUAGGAACAACAUUGGCAGUACAGGCUGUUUCAACUGCACAUCCUGUUGCGCAGGCCACAAGGACUUCUUUGCCAACAAUGGGUACUUCAGGACUUUAUAAUCCUACCAGCAGUCGAGCUCCCAUACAGAUGAAGAUUCCCCUCUCUGCAUUUAGUAGUACAGCUCCUGUUGAACCACCCACCGUUACAGCACCCAGAGUUGAAAACCAGACAAGCAGGCCACAAACAGAGACUUCGGCAAACAAGCGAACUGCUGAGGGAACAACACAGAGUGGGAAGGUCACAGGAAGCGAUUCAGGAGGAGUCAUUGAUCUUACACUGGAUGAUGAAGAUGAUGGCUCUUCUCAAGCAGAUGCCAAGAAGCAGAACCAGACAGCUGUGACAGGAUUGAGCUUGUCCACACAGCCCUUGGCUCGCCCCUUGCAGCCUUUGCAGCCUUUGCAGCCAAACCCUCUGCAACAGACAGGUGUGCCAACAAGUGGACCUUCUCAGACCACCAUACAUGUAUUACCUACAGCUCCAACAACAGUGAAUGUAACACAUCGUCCAGUGACACAAGCUGCUGCAAGACUUCCUAUACCAAGAGCCCCUGCUAACCAUCAGGUGGUCUAUACCACUCUUCCUGCACCACCAGCUCAGAAUCCAGUAAGAGGAGCUGUCAUGCCAAACCCAGGUUUAAGGCCAGUCAACCCACAGACUGGAGGUAUGACGGUACGAAUGCCUCAAACAACUGCAUAUGUUGUGAACAAUGGACUAACUCUCGGAUCUGGAGCACCUCAGCUCACAGUGCAUCAUCGACCACCACAAGCACAUGCUGAGCCACCACGCCCCGUCCAUCCUGCCCCACUCCCGGAGGCACCACAGCCACCACGCCUGCCCCCUGAAGCUGCCAACACUUCUCUGCCUCAAAAGCCGCAACUGAAGCUGGCCCGGGUACAGAGCCAGAAUGGUAUUGUGCUGUCAUGGAGUGUCAUGGAAGUGGACCGGAGUUGUGCCAGUGUGGACAGUUAUCAUCUCUAUGCCUACCAUGAGGACCCAAGUGCCACUAUGCCCUCCCAGUGGAAGAAGAUAGGGGAGGUGAAGGCCCUCCCACUACCUAUGGCAUGCACUCUUACUCAGUUUGUGUCUGGCAGCAAAUACUACUUUGCAGUCCGGGCUAAGGACAUCUAUGGACGUUUUGGACCCUUCUGUGACCCCCAGUCCACAGAUGUCAUCUCUUCCCAGAGCAGUUAGAGAUUUUUGGAGCCUUUAAAUGUGUCCCACUACAAUAACCCCAGUUUGGGGGGUUUGAUCCGAUGCAUGAAAUUCACUGUUAAAUCCACUCACUGCAGGAUUACUUUAAACAGCUGUUUGAUACACUACAUGCAUUGAGAACCAAAAGAAAAAUAAAGUCUCACCUGCAGCAAGAGAACCUGUUUUCCUGGAUGGCUCAAGACAUGGGCUGUGUGAAAAUUUCAUACUCCCUUCCAUGACAGCUGUUCCACCUAGAUACCUACCUACCCUUUAUCCAAGGUCACCCUGGACGUCUGGGAUUCUGCUUCAGAGUGGGAACAAAAUAAAUAGCACAGUUUGUCUGAAGCAAAACAUAUACACAUCUGUCAUAUCUGCGAAGGUGGUAACAUGAGGGCAAGAACAGAUUUGCCUCUUGCACCCCACCGCUCUGUGAGCAGGCUAUGAUGUGAAAGACGAUUCAGGGUCUCACUUCUGUACUGGAAGAUUGAGUGGUCUGAUCUCAUUCUGCAAACUGUCAUCAGUUCUCUGAGGGGAGAGAAGGGAAUUUGAGUCUGUCUGAGGCAGGAAUGUGUGUGUAAAUUUAGAAAUCGGAGGUGGUUUAAAAAACAAAAAAACAAACAAAAAUCCUACCUCCUACCUCUCCCAGAUAAGAAUUUCUUCUAUUUUCACCUUCUUCCCCCACAAGUAUUGGGAGCAUUUCCAGGUGAGAUCUGAAACUGGAUUCUAGGGACUGCAUUCACAUCUUUUUAGCUCAAAUAAUUUCUCAGUCCUUCCCCUUAUACAUCCAGCCCUGUUUUUUAGAUUUAUUUUGUGCCUUAAGGAGUAAUUUCAGAAAUAAAUGUAGCGAGAUAUACUGUGGUGUUCUUUUAUUUGUUUGGAGUUAUUUUUCCAUUUAGCCCUCUUGCCUUCAUAACUGCGUCUCAUUUUCCUGGCCUGCAGUAAUUAGGUACUUCUGUAAAGCCCAGGAAGUAUAAUAUCUACUGAUGCUGCAUUUAUCUGCAUCUGUAGUAUAAUUCAACCCUCUCCUCACUGUAAUUCCUGAGUAGUUGUUUUUGUCCUGUGAAGAAUUAUUAGAGUACACACACAGUAUUUUCCACCAGAGCCUUUUCCUGUUCUUUUGGGAAAGCUGUAUGCUGCAGUUCAGCCAAAGAAGAAACCUCUCUGGUGCAGCAUCAUGAAAGCUUCUACCUGUUUGCAGGCAGUUUGGAUGUUGAAUUACUACAGAAAGGUAGGAAGUUGGCUACCUGGUCCUCUUUCUGUCCCAGUCACCUGUCUGCAAAAAGCUAACACACUCAAAACAGUUUUGAAACGAUGUUAGACACCAGCCCAAAAGUUGUGAGCAACUGCAAAUGUUAAUAGAAGGUUUCAUUAUGCUUCUGAGCUGGGGGGGGGGGGGGGGGAAUGAAUACAUCUUGCCCCACUGUCCUGUUUUCAUGUUACAGUUUGGUUAUGCAAAAAGCAAGUUUAGCACCCUUGAACAAGAAAGGAUCUGAAAAAAAAUUAUUUUGGCACUUCUUAUAACAAAGACAGCUGUGUCAUUCCUGCCCAACAGAACCAAACAAUGGCUUUAGAAGGGAGAGGAGCCUCUUUAAAAAAGAAAAAAAAAAACAUUUCUCUGUAUGACAAAGCUGUAGAGUGUGUGUGUGUGUGUGUGUACACACGCACUAUUUUUUUUUUCCAAUUUCAGCACUCUCUCUUUUCUAAAACCAAGAGGCUUUCAAAUGUAAAGCAAGGUUGAAAAACGGCUGAAUAAACCCCAAAACAUGGCUGGUGAAAUACACUACAAGAUCAUGAGUUCUUAGUUGUCUUCCCUUCAAGAACUUUUAUUAGUGAAAGAAAGUGCUUUGUAUACUUUUGUCCAUGCACUCCUUUAAGUAGCUAGGAUUUUCACUUCUGUCAGGUGAGUAAUGAAUAUUCUUUAUAUGGAAACUUGCAUUUAAGCUAUAGCAGCUUUAGCGAUUUGAAUGAACAAAAAUUCUGUCCAAAUUCAAGUAUCAUGAGAGAAGGUUCAUACUAAAUCUCAAGUCUGAAUAAUGCAUAACCUCUCCUUUGAAUAACAAUUGUUCCUGUAUUACUGGUGCCAAUAAUCAAUAAUGCCUUGAAAAUUUUCUAUGUUUAACUAAAUGUUUUGUCUGCCUCUUUCAGGGAACAGAAAUCACUUAAUAAUGCAUUUAGCCUACUUCUGGAAAGUUAGAUCCUUAGCCAGUUCUGUAGUAGAGGCUUAGAGCAGUUUCUUCCAGCUGAUGGCUGUUCAUUCCUCCUCGGGCAAUUUUUAAUGUGUUUUUGAGGUGGUACCAAAGCGCCUUUGACAGGCUGUAUCAGUACAAUGAGGUUUUAUAGUUUGAAAGCUAAAAUAAAUACUAGAAAACAACCAGAACUUAUGCUGCUUAUUAAUUGUGAUUCCAACCCAAACUACACAUGAAUUUACCUAAAGUUUGUGCUUGCUUUUAAUCACGGUUGUUACUAGCUUUGUCUUGCUGGGAGGAGGGAGGGGAGAACUCUAUACUAGAAUUCUUUUUUCUUCCUUCCCCCCCGCCCUUUGUAUUGGAAGUUUUGUAGGCUCUGUCUUUAGAGAAAGAAAACUCAUCUUUAUUAACUAAGGGUGCAGCUCUCAACUGAACUGCCUGUAAAAUCUGAUUUCCUUAGUAGAUCUGUUUCUACUAUAUGCAGAAUGCAAUUGAUUUGUGUGAAUAGGCUAAAUAAGGUAGCUAUCAUAUGCCAUUUGAAACCAUUAAAACUAUAAAAUAUUGAAAGCUGGGUUUUAUUCCAUUUCAUCUUAGAACUUUUAAUAUCCAAUUUCAGGACCUUAAGCAAGUGCUGGUGGCAAGCAAACUACCUGAUAAACUGUAGCCUGACUUUCAGAUGCCCAUUUCACUUUGGAGACCUUCCAGGUAGCAGGUCCUCAGAUCAGUGAUGCACAGAAAACCUUACUGUGCCAUUUUUGUAAAAUCAUUUUCACAGUGUAAAAGAUUCUACGAACAGAUCUCUCUCGCUCCUUACGUUAACCAACUGGAGCAUUGCUGAAUUCUUUAGCUGGAAUGACACUUCACCCUGUGUUGUGGGGUUGGGGGCUUUGGAAGUUGUUUUAAUAUCCUUUACCUCCUGGAAUUGCUAAAGCUAUUUAGGAACUAAAUUUCUGCUAGUAACAAACCUUGAUAACCAUUUAAACAGAUUUUUAUUUGAGAAUAUUACUGAAAUAUCCUGGCAUGCUCAGUACAGGACUGUUAACACUGUGUCCUGCUAGGCUGAGCUCUUUGUGAAAGUUUGUUGCUGGAGGCUUCCAAUAAUCUUGUUCUUAAACAUGCUAAAAAUCUCUACAUGACUUUUUAAGUGGCAGUCCUUGUUUUAGUCUUAACUCUACACUUCAUGCAGGUAUUUUCUAUCUCGUUUUCAGUACAUUGUAUAAAGCUGUUCCUUGCUUAGAGAUUUGCUAUUGCCACUGGGUACGUGACAUUUUAGCAGUACAGAGUUGAAGCUAGUUCUCUAUGCUUUAGAAGAUCAAGCACUGAUUCUACAGCUGUAUUUUCUGUGAUCAUUUACCUUCUACAUUGUCUGAGGCUUGUUAACGUUUUCUCUGUGUAGUAUGUGGGAAUCUGGAUGUCCUGUUUAAAAACAAUUUUAGUUCAGUUUUUAGUUGGAGGUGAGCCCUACUGUGGAGUGCUGAUAGUAAUGCUAUUCACUUCCACUGAGUUUGUCCUCGUUACAGCCUCACUGACCGCCUUUAUUUCAAAGUAUGUCUAAAAAAGCUCUAUUGGUUAUUUUAUUCAGAUAACUUCAGGAGGGGAGAGUAGACUGUAGGUAUGGUUUACGGUACUAAAUCCACAGUGGCAGCCUCAAGAAAUGUGAACGUUCAAAGACUUUUCUUUUUCUUUUCUUUUCUUUCUUUCUUUCCCCUCUCAGCUUGUAUUUAUUUCCAUGCUCCAACCAGCUUUCCAGAGUAGCAAUUGAUGUUGGAAUUUCUGCUCCAAGUUACUUAUGCUACCAUUUGCUGCAUUAGAUCACUGAACACAAGCACCAAGGUACUCAUCUACCUGGCCUGAGGCUUUCAGCACAAGGCUGGCAAUGCCCACAGUGUCUUCCCUGUGAAUAUAAGGGGUCUUAUCCUGCUUCCUUUGGACACAUUGGCAAAACCUUUGAUGCCUUUAGUGGGAGCAGAGAUUUGGCCUCAUAGUAGGAUCUGAGUGCUGUGGAAAAUAGUCACUUACCCCUUUCUUUAUGCUGUUUGUCUUAAGUAAGUAAGUGUCCAAUUACCUAUAAUCCCUAUUAUAUGUAGGGACAGGUCAAAUCUGUUCUUGUUCCCCAGCCAUUCCUCAGUAUUAGAGCAUUGCAAACACUGUACAAAAUCAAGCUGUGAUCUGCCUUCUUAUAAACUCAUUAGUAUUUUCAUUUAGUCAAAUAUCUAUCCAGAUUUUUUUAAAUAAAAGCUUGAUAUAUUAAAUAUAUAUUUUUUUAAUUUGUUGUUUUGGGUAGGGGUGGGCAUUGUAUGAAAAUACUGGAGGGAAAGGAGUUCAAAUUAGUUCACUGUUACCUGAGCCAGCCCUGCAACCAAAAUCUUUAGUCCCUUCCAAACAGUGUCUGAGGGGGAAGUGAAAAAUUAAGGAUAAUUGAGAAAAUGUGAAUGAAUUUUUCUUUUCAUCCCUUCUAAGUACCCUUUAAAAUGCAUUUUUAUUUCUCAUUGUCAUUGUGCAGGCUAAGCGUUUUUUUUAUUAUUUUUCUAUUUAUAUAUAUAUAUAUACACACAUAUAUACACACACCUGUGUAUAAAUAUAUAGUUUGAAGUGCAUCUUAAUUUAAUGGCGUAUAGCUGUAAAUAAGGUAACUGAGUGGUAGUGUUUGGGGAUUUCUGUUUGGCUUUAGUAGGUUAUUGGCCGUUAAAAGAUUCAAAUAUGAAGCGUCCUUUAUAGGAAACUGAUGGUCUGAUUUUUUUUUUUUUUUUUUUUUAUCUUUUGCAGCUGGACUUGUAAAUACAAAUAAUAUAGGAUGGAUUUAAUGUCCAGUUUAAACUGGACAGUCACAAGCUUUCCCCAUUUUUGUAUGUACUGUAGAUUAGUGUGUGUAUGUGUUAACUGGAGUGGGGUUUUUUUGUCUGACAAGCCUGAAAUUUAUACUUUGAAAUAAA